GCUACCGCCGGAGAUUCAUCGGAGGAAGUCAAGUUCUGAUUUUUAAGUUGAAACUUUGAUAUCUGCUGUAACUAAACUACUUGGAACAAUCGGAUCAAUGGCGGAAACUAGUUCCCCCAAUUCUUCUGCUGAUGACCUCAAGAACCAUGUAAUGAAGAUUUUCGAGGAAGCCACCAAAGACUGUGAGGACGAGUGCUUGAAAAGAGUAUUUGGCACCAUUGGGAGGAGCUACGAUUCCCUUAACGAUUAUUCGAUUAUGUUGUUCAAUUCUAUGGCAGAUACCGGCAUCAUUGACAGAGCUAGAGAGAUGUUUAAGCCUGUCUCUGACUUGGGCAUUCUGUCUCCAGUGGCUGUCUUCACCAUUGUGAUUAUGCUCUACGUCGGUGAGCGCAAGGCCAAGAGUGCUCUCAAGGUUUUCCAGCACAUGAUAGCCACUGGUGUCAACCCCGCCUGCUACACUUAUGUUCAACUCAUCACUGUACUUGCAACAGACUUUUCCAAUGUAAAGUUCCUUAGGUAUGCCAAGAAGUAUUUUCUUGAAAUGUUGGAUAAGGGGAUGAAGCCCAGUCCUACACCCUUCUGGAAGAUUAUGGAGGCCAUUGCCUACCGAGAGCCAGUGGAGAAGGCCAAGGAGUUCCUUGAGCAGAUAAAAGCCAAGGGGUUCGUGCCUUCCGACAGUGGUUUUCACUACAAAGAAGCCUACCUCGCCGAAGGAAUGCAAACACUGAAGAUGUAUGCUGAUCUUGUCCACAAUGAGACCAUUGACAAGGAUGUUAGAAAGUACUUCUACGUGUUGCGCGCCUGCCCUGGCCACGCUGAAAAACUGGGGAGCAUAAUGUACAGUGCUUUGAUAGAUGAUGGAAAUAUAGACGAGGCCACAGAGUUCUUUAACGAAGUUGAGGAGACGGGUAUAGAGCCCAUGGUCCUAAUCUACACCGCUGUUAUUGGAGCCUAUCUCUCGUUUGGCAAGACCAAGGGUGCUCUGGAGGCAUACCUGGCCAUGUUAGCUGCUGGGGUUGCCCCCAACUCCUACACUUACACCGUUUUAAUCAAGGGACUCAGUGCUGACCCCAACUUCUUUGGAGAUGCCAAGAAGUAUUUGCUCGAGAUGAUGGACAAGGGGAAGCGACCCAAUGCUGCUACCUUCACUGUGGUGAUAGAGGGCUUUGCAAAGCAGGAGGACAAGGUAGCUGAGGAGGAGGGAAAAGAGUUUGUGCAGGUAAUGAUGGAUAAGGGGUUUGUGCCUAAUGCGAAGGCAAUGAUGGAGGUUUUAAAGGGUAGACCAACAUCGGUAAUUAGAAGUGCCGUGAGUAUUGUCCUUUCCACCUUGAAGCAGUGAUGCUCUGGUUCAUGGA